AUGCCAUUCCUCCGCACCGCUGUUGUUGGCUGGACCAUGAUUCUUCUCGAGCUCGUCCACCAAGCCUACGUCUCGGUCAGCGCCGUUCACAUUGUUUUCUUCCUAUCUCAAUACCGCUUCUUUCAACCUUUCUUGGGCCUUAAUGCCGGCCUGUCUAUCUUUCAGGCGUCGCUGUUGACGUAUUCCUUCGAGACCACUCCGCUAAAGGUGAAGAGUAAUGCAUCUUCUGUAUUUUCGUUCGUUUCAUAUGAGGUCAACACGCCGUCGCGAAUCUGCCUGCUCAAGGGCUCAAUAGGGGUGCGGCCUCGACGGAAGUCCGCCGUGGUGAUAGAAAAGGACCUUGGACUGCGGGUAUCCAUGAUUCCUGUUGCCCGUUACACGACAAGGCUGUUGGUGAUAGAAAACACUUCUACCUACUUCCACCUGUUCUCGGUAUACUACAUCUGGAAUAUCUUCCAAAAGGAGGCAGUCGGUGGAGAGAGACGUAGCUUUGACCACGACCUAGAUGCCGUCAUCACCAUGCUUCUUACGGAUUGCGACAAGUACAAAUAUACCUCUCACCCUGUUGUGAUGAAUCCAGAGCCGUGGAAGUACCGGUCAAUAACACUCCAAACCCCCACACCUCUUCAAAAACGAGCCCACAACGACUCAAAUCCUCCAAGCCCUCAAGCCGUUGCCAAACGAGGAGAUCGCGGACCUGGAGCGGAAUUCCUCCCCCGCCAUCCAAGUUUACCUUCUUCCCCCGUCUUCUCCGCAGGACCCGCAACGGUGACGGCCGCCGAAAGCCGAGCCCGAUGCAUUUCUCUCACCAAUGAUUCGUCCAGUGUCUCCAAUUUCUCCAAAUCCUCGGGAAAGAAGAAGCCCGUCGGGAAAGAGGAUGUUCGGGAAUGGUGUAAGACAAGGUUUCGAAUGUCGGGAAAGAGUACUAGAGCUCGGCAAAGAGACGAGAAAAGACCAAGAGGCAUCCUGAGCAAUGAGGGUGACCCUUACUCACCGCGCAUGGGAAUGUGUAAUCGCCUCGUCUCCGGUUGGCUCACAUGCGCACUUGCGAAACCUUGCUGCCGGGGGAGCGCCGUGCCAUCCACAUGUAUUGCAUUCGUGUGGCUUUUGGCGGGCGUGGAUUGGGGCGGGGGAAGCUUGCCGGUAUGGACCUACUGCGUAAGGAACCCAUGGCAGGAUGGCUAUCUACGGGCUGAACGAGCCGAGAAGAGAAAUGGGAACGCAAAGUCUGGGGUAAGCAGGUAUUGCGGCGUCACCAACGAGAUCCAAGUCCGUCUGUCCUCAACCUCCCUUUCUCUCUGUGCAUCCCCGCGAGUAGCCGCAGCGUUCCAACUCCCGCUUUCGAAGGCCACCCGAAGCAGGGAGGUUGGGCGGGCGCAAGCGUGA